AUGGAGAACCACCGCCGCGAUGACUCGCCAUCCGGCCUCUCAGAUAUUGUCGAGGGCGAUGGCCUCUUAGGCACCGGCCUGACAACACGGCAUCUCGAGGCAUUUGGGCGAAAGGUCACGUCAACCGCAGGGCACUUGAUCGGACCGACCGACCAGACCCACGGCGCCCAUUAUCACAAUGCGAUGAGCGGCAUCCACCGCGAGCUGCGCCGGCCGUCGGCGCAGCGGAAGCUCUUUUCCUUAACCCAGACCACCGCGACCGAUCUGGUACGAUCCAAGCUGUCGACCACCGAAAUCCAGUCGCGUGCCCUUUCCUCCCUUCCGGACGACCUUCUCGCCAACAUCCCCGAAGAUUCCAGCUCCUACUCCCUCUUCCAAGGCUUCCAGGCGUCUCUCCCUGAAGAAGAACAUGGACAUAAGAAACACCGGAGGCGCGGCUCCAAGACCCAGAAGGCUUUGAGGGACAGUCAGAAGAGCGGGGGUUUAACAGCAGGCCCUGCUGGACUGAAGGAAGAACGGGACGCACUGGGUCGCCGGUUGGAUAUGAUGGGUGUCCGAAAGAACAUGUGCAGUGCCGAAAUACACGAGAUCGACAAUAAGAUCGCCAAUUUGCACAAAAUGCGCCAGAUUGUGCUCGAUCGACUAGCCGGGUUAGAGAUGGACGAAGCGGCAAUGGAAGUGGAACUUACGGAACUCGAUAAUAAGCUGGAGGAUCUACAGGGAGACGAGACACUUGAGACAUCUGCUGCGGCCGAAACCCCCCAAUCUUCCGAAGCCCAGGACGACUCCAUUGUAUCGUCCGGUGAUCCUGCCAUGGAUGCGUCGUUUAUGUCCGAAUCGAUAUAUGAGAGACUGCCGAGCUCGUCCCCGAAAAGUCUACGACACCGAUCUAUCCGUAAACGGUCGAUGCCGAUCCUCCAUGAACACUUCGCGCCAGGAUCCCUGAUUAAAGAGAUCGAAGCACACACUGAUAUGGUCACGGCCAUUGAUUUCGACUAUCCGUUCGGCACUAUGGUCAGCGCAGCGCUGGACGAUACGGUGCGGGUUUGGGAUAUGAAUGUUGGCCGCUGUCUAGGAUUGUUAGAGGGACACCAUGCCUCGGUCCGAUGCUUGCAAGUGGAAGACAACAUCGUCGCGACGGGAUCCAUGGAUGCGUCCGUUCGGCUAUGGGAUUUGAGUCGUGCUCGGCCCGCGAGUCGCGAUAACCGUUUAAACAAGCACGAGCGUGACGGGCAAGAUGACGCAGAUGAACAUUCCUCGCAAAUGCCACCAUCUUCAAACUUGGAGGACUGCCAUGUCUUCUCGCUGGAGGCGCAUGUUGAUGAGGUGACUGCUCUGCACUUCAAGGGCGACACGCUCAUCUCUGGAUCCGCAGACAAGACCCUACGACAAUGGGAUCUGAACAAGGGACGCUGUGUUCAGACAUUGGACAUUCUCUGGGCGGCAACUCAGUCCUCUUCGUCCAUGUCUGGAGAUGGAAACUGGCGCCCGUCUGGUCGUCUUCCAGACGCCUCUGCCGACUUUGUGGGGGCCGUGCAAUGCUUCGAUGCCGCUCUGGCUUGCGGAACCGCGGAUGGCAUGGUCCGUCUAUGGGAUCUUCGUAGUGGCCAAGUACAUCGCAGUCUAGUGGGCCACACCGGGCCCGUCACCUGCCUGCAAUUUGAUGACAUGCAUCUGGUGACGGGCAGUCUUGACCGCAGUAUUCGGAUUUGGGAUCUGCGUACCGGCUCCAUAUAUGAUGCCUACGCCUACGACAGGCCCAUCACCAGCAUGAUGUUCGACUCCAAGCGCAUUGUGGCCGCCGCCGGCGAUAGUGUGGUCAAGGUCUACGACAAGGCCGAUGGCCACCAUUGGGACUGCGGCGCCGGCGUUGGAACUGCCGACGACGGACCAUUCCCCGCGACGGUUGAGCGCGUGCGCCUUAAGGACGGGUACCUCGUUGAGGGGCGUAAAGACGGCACCAUGGCCGCCUGGACCUGUUAA